GUCCUCAACUCUCCUGCAAACAGGCAACAGGGACACCUCAGCAGAUGAGACCAAGCUAAAGGCUCUGCACUCCAGGCAAACUACUGAAGACUUCCUGUCACCUUUUCCCCUCAGUCUAUCAGCUCACGCUCUCUCCAGAACCUUCACCAUGCCUCCUCAGAUCCCGUCCCAGAACCAGAGUGGUCCCAGGAUCCUGCAGGGUGAUCUCAGUGCCCUCAGUCCAGCUGUAAGGGAGUUUUUGGAGACCAAUAUGACCCUGUGCCAGCCAGAGUCCAUUCACAUCUGUGAUGGCUCAGACGAGGAGAACCUUGCCAUCCUGACCCAGCUGGAGGAACAGGGGAUGAUCAAGAAGCUCACCAAAUAUGAGAACUGCUGGUUGGCCAGAACUGACCCGAGGGAUGUGGCUCGUGUGGAGAGUAAGACAGUUAUUGUUACCCAGGAACAGAAGGACACAGUGCCCACUCCACUAGGAGGUGGAAUCAGCCAGCUGGGCCGCUGGAUGCCCCCAGAAGAGUUCGACAAAGCCAUGGCUCAGCGGUUCCCCGGCUGCAUGAGAGGUAGGACCAUGUACGUGAUUCCCUUCAGCAUGGGUCCAGUAGGUUCCCCUCUCUCUAAGAUUGGAGUACAGCUGACAGACUCUCCCUACGUGGUGGCCAGUAUGAGGGUGAUGACUCGUAUGGGGAAAGCUGUUCUGACCGCCCUGGGGACUGGAGAAUUUGUCCGCUGUCUGCACUCUGUCGGCUGUCCUCUGCCACUCAAAAAGCCUCUGGUGAAUAACUGGCCCUGCAACCCUGAGCUGACACUAGUCGCUCACAUCCCAGACCGCCGACAAAUUAUCUCAUUUGGAAGUGGUUACGGAGGAAACUCCCUGCUGGGAAAGAAGUGUUUCGCCCUUCGCAUUGCCUCACGCAUUGCUAAAGAGGAAGGCUGGCUGGCCGAACAUAUGCUGAUCCUGGGCGUCACCAACCCUGCUGGAAAGAAGAAGUACAUGGCAGCAGCCUUCCCCAGCGCCUGUGGAAAAACAAACCUGGCCAUGCUCUGCCCCACGCUGCCUGGUUGGAAGGUUGAAUGUGUGGGAGAUGACAUUGCAUGGAUGAAGUUUGAUGACCAAGGAAACCUCAGAGCCAUUAACCCAGAGAAUGGCUUUUUUGGCGUUGCACCCGGCACCUCAGCCAAGACCAACCCCAAUGCAAUGGCAACAAUCAUCAAGAACACCAUAUUCACAAAUGUUGCAGAGACAAGUGACGGUGGUGUGUACUGGGAGGGAAUGGACCAGUCACUGCCCGAGGGAGUUACCAUCACAUCCUGGAAGAACAAACCUUGGCGCUCAGAAGAUGGCGAGCCCUGUGCUCAUCCCAACUCUCGUUUUUGCACUCCGGCAAGACAGUGUCCCAUUAUUGACCCACAGUGGGAGUCUCCAGAGGGAGUGCCAAUAGAGGCCAUCAUUUUUGGUGGGCGUAGACCAGAAGGUGUUCCCCUUGUGUAUGAAGCUUUUGACUGGCAGCAUGGUGUGUUUGUUGGCGCUGCCAUGAGGUCGGAGGCCACUGCUGCAGCCGAACACAAAGGCAAAGUAAUAAUGCAUGACCCCUUCGCUAUGCGCCCCUUCUUUGGCUACAACUUUGGCCAGUAUCUCUCUCACUGGCUGAGCAUGGCUGAUCGCCCCGGUGCCAAGCUUCCUAAGAUCUUCCAUGUCAACUGGUUCCGCAAGAGCCCCACUGCCGGCUUUCUUUGGCCCGGGUUUGGUGAAAAUAUCCGCGUUCUGGACUGGAUGUUCAGACGGGUGAAUGGCGAGGAGGGCGCCAUGCCAUCAGCAGUGGGCUACCUGCCUUGUAGAGACUCCCUAAAUCUCCAGGGCCUUCAGGGACAUGUGGACCUGGAGGAGCUGUUCUCCCUGGAUCAGGAAUUCUGGCAGAGGGAGGUGGAUGAGAUCAGGAAAUACUUCACCACACAGGUGAACGCUGACCUGCCCAAUGAGAUAGCCCAGCAACUGGCUCUCCUGCAGCAGAGGGUGAAGCAAAUGUGAAGAGGAAAAAGCCACAUGUUAGCAGCUGUAAACAAUUGUAGGGUUAAUUCUCCAGACUAUUUGUCUGUAAUUCUAGACUACAGUGUUGGCAAUAAUAGAAUAACAUGUAAGACAUUCUGGAAAUUAAAUUAAGUAACUGGGAAACAACAUCUUAAAAUCAUAGAACAUAGUAUGAAUAGCUAGAUUAUCUCUUUGACGUAGUCUUAAUUUAUAGUAAAGCCUUUAUAUCCUUAAGAAAAUGAGCAGUUUUCCUUACAGCAUUUGGUUAUUACCACUGUGACAUUCUAUAAUCUGCUUGGGCUGUUCAUUACAAAAAAUCCAUGCAAAUCAUGGAGAAUGUAAAUCAUGAAACUGUAGGAAUAGUAAAGAUAAACCUUCCUGACCAUGCUCAUUAGAACUAUCUCAGCGAGAUAAUAUCAGUAAAGACUGCUACAUUUCCAUGCAUCUUCAUCUUCAUUUAUAGUAGCAAUAUUUU